AUGGUUCUACCAUUAUACAGAGCCAUUGCUCGGCAAUCUCCACGACAAUUUCUUCGCUCCCAUGCGCCUUCAAGACCUCUCAGCUACUCAAAGCCGCUUGCUUUGAGGGAGGAGAAGUUGCAAAGCCCGCAGGAAAUCGAAAAGGCCAAGCAGGAGCAGCUCAAGGAUGGGAAGAAGAAGCAAGAUCUUGAGUCGUCCAGCGAGACUGUCGUAAAGGCAGAGCGCGAGGAGGUGUCGGACCACGACUCUCACAUGGAGAAGUUACAAAAGGAGACUGCCCAACAGAAGGAGAAGGAGCACCCUCAGGGCAAGGCUUGA